UCUUGCUCAAGUGUCGUUUUCUCGACCUCUCGUCAUAGUCGCUUUUACCUCGAGUUCCUCGGUAGGUGUCCAGAAUCUCCUUUAGCGAUAGCGUGAGAAGUUCAGUCCUCCGGGGAUGGUGCUCCCCCUUCUGCAUUGAGACGAGGUGGUUCGGGGAUGUGCUUAGGAUGCUUCCUGGGCGCCUCCCUGGCGUUCCGGGCAUAUCCCACAGCAAGGAGGUUACGGAUACGACCCGGGACACCCUGUAGAUGCUGCCUCCCGGUUGGCUUGGGAGCGCCUUGGAAUCCACCACCAGAAGAGCUGGAAGAAGUGGCUGUGGAGAGGGUAACUACUCGGAUCCAAAUGAGGCCCGUUGAGCACAAAAGCCAGUCCAAGUCAUUGGUUGAUACUCCUGUGAUGACUGCGAUCACUGUGGGGCCCAUAUGGGCUCGGAGAUGAUCACCUGACUAGGUAGAUCCCCUGCUAACCUUUCCAAGUAUCUGCUGAGGGCAGGAGGAUUGUUUGCAUUCAGCCCUCUGCCUUCUCAUCAGGGCUCUUCAUCCAACGCGUACACAGGGGGGAGGGGGAUUAUUAUUUUUACUUCUAACCAGCACUUUAUACCAUCGUUUGGUCUCCCCAUUUUGGAUUACGAUAAAGGCCUAAAGUGGAUCUCGCAUCAGCUUUUUGUUGCUUUUCGGGUAGCCUUGUCGGUUCAUAGUUGGAGGUAGCAUUGUGACAGCAAAGGUCAAAGCCAGAGAUUUGCUGUUGCCUUUGAAGAGGCUGCCGUCAUUUGGGUGAAGAGGACGCGGCGGGAAAGAUGGGCGUGCAAAAGGAGGAUGUAGAAAAGUUCCUCAAAGGGAACCCGACUUUUACGAAGGAGUACUUUGCCAAGAAGAUGACUCAAAGCGACAUAUCCAAGCUGUCGGGACUUCCGGAAAAACAGGUGGACUUCAGCCAAUUUCAGGAACUCAGCCAGGUGGAGGAAAGUCGGAUCAUGUAUGACCUGAUCACAGACAUGCAGGAGAACAUCAACAUGGAGAAAGUGGUCUUCAAGAUCCUCAAGAGAAUCAGUGCGCUGAUCCACGCCGACCGCUGCAGCCUGUUCAUGUACAGGCAGAGGAACGGCAUCGGCGAGUUGGCCACCAGACUCUUCGGUGUCAACACCCAGUCUGAGUUGGACGAGUGCGUCGUGCCGCCCGAUUCCGAGAUCGUCUACCCACUGGACUUGGGGAUCGUUGGUCACGUAGCCCAGACCAAGAAGACGGUCAACGUGAAGGAUGUCAAAGAGAACCAGUACUUCAGCUCAUUUGUGGAUGAGCUCACUGAUUACAAGACCAGGAACGUUCUGGCCGCGCCCAUCCUCAACGGCAAAGACCUGGUGGCCGUGAUCAUCGCCCUCAACAAGACCACCGGGCCUCAUUUCACGAAUGAGGAUGAAGACCUCUUUUUAAAGUAUCUGAAAAUUGCCACUUUGAACUUGAAGAUCUACCACCUGAGUUACCUCCACAACUGUGAAACCCGUAAAGGACAGCUGCUGCUAUGGUCCGCCAACAAAGUAUUCGAAGAGUUGACCGACAUCGAGCGACAGUUCCACAAGGCCUUGUACACGGUGCGAGCCUACCUCAACUGUGACCGCUACUCUGUCGGCUUACUUGACAUGACCAAGGAAAAGGAGUUCUUUGACGUUUGGCCAGUGUUAAUGGGAGAGCAGCCUCCUUACUCUGGACCUCUAACUCCUGACGGAAGGGAAAUACAUUUCUACAAAGUAAUUGAUUACAUACUACACGGGAAGGAAGAUAUCAAAGUAAUACCUAAUCCACCGGCAGACCACUGGGCCUUGAGCAGCGGCUUGCCUACUUAUGUUGCUGAAAGUGGCUUUAUUUGCAAUAUUAUGAAUGCGGGGGCGGAUGAGACGUUUGAUUUCCAGACCGAGGCGCUGGACAGCAGCGGAUGGACCAUAAAGAAUGUUCUCUCCCUCCCGAUCGUCAACAAAAAGGAAGAGAUCGUCGGCGUGGCGACAUUUUACAACAGAAAAGAUGGAAAGCCUUUUGACGAUCAUGAUGAGCAGCUCAUGGAGGCUUUGACCCAGUUCCUGGGCUGGUCAGCUUUGAACACGGACACGUAUGACAAAAUGAACAAGCUGGAGAACCGCAAAGACAUUGCCCAGGACAUGGUGCUCUACCAUGUUAAAUGCCGGGACGAUGAAAUUCAAAAUAUCCUGAACACCCAAGAGCUGUAUGACUGCGAACCAUGGGAGUGUGAAGAGGAGGAGCUUCAAAAUAUCUUGAAAAAAGACCUGCCGCCUCUGAUCAAGAAAUUUGAGAUCUACGAGUUCCGCUUUUCGGAUUUCAACUGCACAGAGAUGGAACUGGUCAAGUGCGGGAUUCAGAUGUACUACGAAGUGGGCGUCGUCAAGAAGUUCCAAAUCCCGCAGGAGGUGCUGGUUCGUUUCAUGUACUCUGUCAGUAAAGGCUACAGGAGAAUCACUUAUCACAACUGGCGCCACGGCUUCAACGUGGGCCAGACCAUGUUCACGCUUUUGACGACGGGACUGCUGAAGAGGUACUAUACCGACCUGGAGGUCAUGGCCAUGAUUACAGCAGGCUUCCUUCAUGACAUUGACCACAGAGGGACCAAUAAUUUGUACCAGGUCAAAUCAGGCAACCCUCUAGCCAAGCUGCACGGAUCUUCCGUCUUGGAACGGCACCAUCUAGAGUUUGGGAAAUUUCUCUUGUCCGAUGAGUCACUGAACAUCUACCAGAACCUGAACAGGCGACAGAUGGACCACGUCGUUCACCUCACCGAUAUCGCCAUCAUCGCCACUGAUCUCGCCCUUUAUUUCAAAAAGAGGACCAUGUUCCAGAAGAUUGUGGACCUUUCGCACACAUAUGAGGACGAAAAGAAGUGGGUUGAUUUCAUGUCUCUAGAAACAACCAGGAAGGAGAUCGUCAUGGCCAUGAUGAUGACCGCUUGCGACUUGUCGGCCAUCACCAAACCUUGGGAAGUGCAAAGCAAGGUUGCCCUGUCCGUGGCGGCGGAGUUUUGGGAGCAAGGCGACCUGGAGAGGACGGUGCUGGAGCAACAACCCAUUCCUAUGAUGGACAGGAACAAAGCAGCAGAGCUCCCCAAACUCCAAUGUGGUUUCAUCGACUUUGUCUGCACGUUUGUCUACAAGGAGUUCUCCCGCUUCCACCCCCAAAUCCAACCCAUGCUGGAUGGAAUCCUGAACAACAGGAAGGAGUGGAACGCCAAAAAGGAAGAGUAUGAGGCAAAACUCAAAGCCACCGAGGACGAGAAGGCGGCGAAGCAGGCAGCCGCAGCCAGGAAAGCGGAUAACGCCGGCGGUGGAGGCUCCAAGACCUGCUCGGUUUGCUGAAACACUCACAGGAGAAUUUGAUGACCACUGUAGUCUCCGCCAAGGAAGGGGAGAAAAAAAUAAGUCAGGGAGAUGGACAUGCGUGCAAACGUGGUCCCAUAGAAUUUCUGCAGGGAAAUUGGUGCUUUUCAGGAAAGAGCAGAAAGAAUCGGAAGCAAGAGAAGCAUCUUCUAGUGUUUGUCGAAUAUUUACAUACUUGGACUGUGUAAGUGUGCAUGUACUGUACAUAUGGGAUGUGAGUGUAUGUUCCAAAAUUUGGGGUUGCUUGUCAACUCGAGCAUACUGUAAAUACACCCUUGUUGCUAAAAACAGAUUCCUGUGUGCUGUUUCCACAAACGGUUCCUUUCGACAAAUACAGUACCGACACAAUAACACUGUACGGGUGCAUGUUAAUACAUUGGAACAGUGUGGAAAACAAUUUGUCUCAGUGGUUAGAUUAAAAUAGUUUUUUCAUUAACUACUUUGAACGCUGCAUGCUCCGUGUGUGACACAAAGAUUCAAAUAAAGCAAAUAUAUUUUUAGUGUUGACAAUUUAGAGAGGAGUGCUUAUGUCCACAGUGCACUUUCUACUACUGGCGGUUGACCCCAAUCCUGGGAUUAUUGCUAACCAACGCCAGGAUUACAACCGGCCUUGAAAUCAAGGACACACACACACACACACGCGCCUGCAUCCCAAUAAAUACUCUCAUCACCUCACAUGAAAAAUAAUCAGCUUUUAUUCAUUUUGGAACACAACAGACA